AUGGGGAAAGAUCCGCCCCUCCACGCACGCAGAAAUUACAGAGAGGGAGGGGGAGGGAGAGUGGAUCCUAGAUGUCAAAGGAUUCAACAGCCUAAUGAGGAGUUAGGAAACAUUAAACUUGAAAUUCCUGACUUCUCUGGUGAGAAAGGACCUACUGAGUAUAUAGAAUGGGAGAAUGUUGUUGAAACACUUUUUGAUUUAAAGCACUAUUCUGAUCUCACAAAAAUUAGACCAGUUGCUACAUCCUUUAAGGGGUAUGCAGUAUCUUGGUGGCGAAAAAGAAAUAGAGAGAGAGUUGCUGAUCUUAUUCCCUAUGAAUCUUGGGUUCAAGUAAGGGACGAUAUGCGCCUAACCUUUCGCCCUAAAUCUUUUUUCUAUGAUCUUGAAAGAAAAUUGCAGGGAAUUGUGCAAGGAUCCAUGUCAGUUGAUAAGUACCACCGAACUAUCAAUAUUUUACUUGAACAAGGGGGCAUACAUGAGGAAGAGGCAAGAACUGUUGCUCGCUUCUUACAUAGAUUAAACAAAGACAUCCGGUGGGGAAUGAGUACUCAGAGAUAUGACACCCUUGAUGAUGCCUUGUAUGCUGCACGUGAAUCUGAAGCAAAAAUCAAAGAGAUGAAGAUUUACAAACCCAACAAUGGUAUAUCAAGAUGGAACAACACUCGUUCUACCCCUCAAAGGCGUGAUGAGCGUCCUCCCCCAAGAAAUGAUUCACAAGACAAAGGUAAAGAAACUGUAAAUGAGGCAAUGAGACCUCAACGUGAUAGAGAAUUGAUUUGUUAUAGAUGUAACGGAAGAGGUCACUUGGCUCGUGAUUGCCCUAACAAGAGGGUAGUUAAGAUAACCAAACAAUCUGAAAAAUUUGCUUCUUGCCUUGAAUAUGAGUCUGAGGAUGAGGUUUAUUUUGAUUCUGAAUAUGCUGAUAGUGAGUCUGUUCAUACUCUUGUUGUUAAGAAGGUCUUGAGUGUUCACCCCUUAAAAGAAGAUGAGUCCCAAAGAGAAAAUAUCUUUUAUGCUAAAGGGUCAAUUAGAGGGAACGCUUGUACUGUGAUAAUAGAUUCUGGAAGUUGCACAAAUGUGGCUAGUGCAGCUAUGGUUAAAUUUCUUCAAUUACCUUUGCUUGAUCACCCGAAUCCUUAUCGUUUGCAAUGGUUAACCGAUGCAGGAGAAGUUAGAGUAACCAAACAGGCUCUUAUUCCUUUAUCUAUUAACAGUUACUCUGAUGAAAUUUUGUGUGAUAUUGUCCCAAUGCAGGCUGCUCAUGUGUUGUUAGGUCGACCGUGGCAAUUUGAUAGAAAAAUCAACUUUGUUAAUUUAUUCCCUAAAGAGAUGCCAAAAGGAUUGCCACCACUUAGAGGUAUUGAGCAUCAAAUCGACUUUGUCCCCGGAUCUACUUUGCCAAACCGACCAGCUUACAAAACCAAUCCCAUAGAAGCAAGGGAGAUCCAGAAACAGGUUGAAGAGCUUCUUGAGAUCGGCCAUAUUCGAGAAAGCUUGAGUCCGUGUGCCGUUCCAGUUCUCAGUAUCCCAAAAAAAGAUGGUACAUGGAGAAUGUGUGUUGAUUGUCAAGGUGUGACCAUGGGUUCAAAAAAGGUUGAAGCUAUCACAAGUUGGCCAACGCCAACUAAUGUAUCUAACUUGCGUAGUUUUCUUGGGCUAGCAGGUUUUUACAGAAAGUUUGUUCGUGAUUUCAGCUCCAUAGCAGCCCCUAUGCAUGAGUUGAUUAAGAAAGACACCAUCUUCAAAUGGGGGCCUAAACAAGAACAAGCUUUUGAUACAUUGAAACAGAAACUCACCACCGCUCCAGUUCUAGUUUUGCCUUGUUUUGAUAAAACUUUUGAACUAGAAUGUGAUGCUUCUGGCAUUGGAAUCGGUGCUGUACUGAUGCAGGAUAAACGCCCCAUUGCCUAUUUUAGUGAGAAGUUGGGUGGCGCAACACUAAACUAUCCCACCUUUGAUAAAGAAUUUUAUGCCAUUAUAAGAGCCUUGGAAACAUGGCAACAUUAUUUAUGGUUUAAAGACUUUAUUUUACACACUGAUCAUGAGGCCUUAAAACAUUUGAAAGGCCAGAGUAAGUUGAAUAAGAGACAUGCUAAAUGGCUCGAGUUCAUUGAAGCUUUUCCUUAUAAAAUUGCCUACAAGAAAGGUACGGAAAACAAAGUGGUUGAUGCUUUAUCUAGGAGAUAUAAUGGGUUUUUGUUUAAGGAAAAUAGAGUGUGCAUUCCUAAUUGUUCCUUGCGUGUGAGUUUGAUCUCUGAAUCACAUGGAGGUGGUCUUAUGGGACACUUUGGUAUCUCUAAAACUUAUGAUGCAUUGCAUAAACACUUCUAUUGGCCUAGAAUGAAAAAAGAUGUUGAGACUUUUGUCAAUAAUUGUACUACAUGUCACCAUGCUAAGUCUAAAUCACUUCCCCAGGGGCUUUACACACCACUCUCUGUUCCUAGCGGCCCAUGGCUUGACAUUUCAAUGGAUUUUGUUCUAGGGUUACCUAUGAGUUCUAAGAGAAAAGAUUCCAUUUUUGUUGUAGUUGAUCGUUUUAGUAAGAUGGCCAGAUUUAUUGCUUGCACUAAAACUGAUGAUGCAACUCAUAUUGCUAAUCUUUUCUUUGUUGAGAUUGUCAAACUGCAUGGCAUCCCUAAGACUAUUGUUUCUGAUAGAGAUACUAAAUUUCUUAGCCACUUUUGGCGUGUUCUGUGGGCUAAAAUUGGGACUAAGUUGCUAUUUUCUACUACUUGUCAUCCUCAAACGGAUGGACAAACAGAAGUCGUUAAUAGAACCUUAUCCCAAUUACUUAGAAGUGUGAUCUCUAAAAAUCUGAAAUCAUGGGAAGAAUGUUUGCCUCACGUUGAGUUUGCUUAUAAUCAUGCAAUACAUUCAACCACUAACAUGUCUCCUUUUGAAGUUGUGUAUGGUUUCAAUCCAUUAUCUCCUAUAGACUUACUUCCUGGCGAUUGGGUGUGGAUUCACUUGCGCAAAGACCGUUUUCCGCACGAAAGAAAGUCUAAGUUGAACCAACGUGGAGAUGGCACGUUUCAAGUUAUAUCACGGAUUGGAGACAACGCUUAUAAGGUUGAUCUUAGAGGAGAAUACAAUGUCUCUUCUACUUUCAAUGUUUUAGACUUGUCCCCAUAUGAUUGCACAGAUUCGAGGACGAAUCGUUUUCAAGAAGGGGAGGAUAAUGUAACCCAAACUACUGAAGAUCCAUUAAGAGUACCAGUUGGGCCAAUCGCAAGUGCUGAUUUUGGGGAUUAA